GGCUGGAUGUAUAAAGCCUUCGUCCUGCGGUCUUAGCUCACAGGAACUCUGCAGACUCCGACCCGAGACCCACAAAGUUCAGCUGCAGCUUCUGGAGACACUGAAGACAUGAAGCCGGUGCCCCUGCUCCUGCUCCUCUCCUCCGUCCUCCUCUCCUCGCACCUCCGCCCCGCCGCCGGCAGACCGCGCGUCCUCCCCGGCUGGCUGGAUUACAGCAGCCGCCUCCAGAUGCAGCGCCUGGAGGAGUCUCUCCUCAGAGCAGCUGUAGCCGGGGAAAGCACCGCAUCCUCGGAUCUACUGGACGAAAACAUCCUGCGGUUCCUGGAGAGCAGACACCCGGACCUUCUGCACCUGCUGCCCGCUGAAGAAGGGGAGGUGAGGGCGGCGGUGCAUCUGCUGAAGAGGAGCGAAGACCCCCCGCUGUCCAUCGACCUCACCUUCCACCUGCUGAGGAAUAUGAUCCAGAUUGCGAAGGUGGAGAACCAGCGGGAGCAGGCGCUGCUGAACCGCAAUCUGCUGGACGAGGUCGGGAAGUAAUUACGCUCUAUUUUUGUAUUCUAAAUGCCUCAUUCAAAACAGCCGCUGUGUUAAAUAAUCAAGACUUCUGACAUUAGUUGUUGUUUGUGCGCCUGCCUUCCUCUCCACCUCGCCAACAUUUUACGCACAGAUGGUGCCAAUUUACGCAUCACAGCAUCCGCGCGUAAAAUGUGUUUUCUUUAAAGACUUUUUGAUGGAAACGGACCUUCCAGACCCUCUUACUCCCUCCUCACCCCCCUGAUCUCACCCUCCUCACACACUCCUCUUUGCACUGGACUUUGGAAAGGGAAACUGGAUUUCACAUUUGAACACUUUGAUCGAUGUUUUGAUGCUUGAAGUGAAAAUGACACCUGACCAGAAUACAUAUUAUUUAUUUAAUAAUAUUUAAUAUUAGACUCUGUUUUGAAUUGGUUGACCUCAGUCUGAAUACGUGGACCAUUUUAAUUAGUCCAGUUGUUUACCCCUGCAGCUAAACAAGUCUAAUGUAAGGUGCAUUGUGGGUAGUUGGCUUGCCACCAGACAUAAUUGAUCGGAUGCCUUGGAGAAACUUUUCUACGAUAUUAGAACAAUCUUCAUCCACCAACAUAAGGAUAUCUUAAGUAACUUUACUCUGAGGAAUUCAGACCUACUUUAUGCAUUUCCCAAAUAAUGUAUGCUAAAUUAUUACAAGUUAAUCUUAUAUAUUGUGAUCCUUCAAAUGGAUACGGUUAUAUUAAAAUGAUGUAACUACAAUGAUAGUAAGUUCUUUUUUUAAAUCCUCUUCCCUAUUUGAUUAUUUGAAAAAAGAAGAUUCUGUUACAACAAGACUGGCCAAAUUGAGGUGACCUUUAAAGUGACGAUUCAAGUCAUAAUUACCCCAAAACAGAAGCUCGGCAGGAUGUAAAAUCACACGGCGGGAAACAUUCAAAACCCCUGCUAUGGAAAUCAAACAUUUCUGUGUCUUUGUUUUAAAGCCAAUUUGAUGACACUUAAUGUGAAGGCAUGUGUAAUGAUCUGAGGUGCAAGGAAAGACAACACGCUUUAUUGGUUUUAAAUCUACAGUUGUCAUUUCUCCCCUUCCUUUAAUCCUCCUGUCUCCUUUACGCUGCGCGGGAGCACGGUCACAUGUACUGUAUGAGCUGUAGCAUGCUAACCUACAACAAAAAGAAGAAAAAAAGCUUUUUUUAUUUAUCAUUUACGUCACUGAAAACAUUGUUUUAGCAAAAGAAGAAGAAGAUUUUUUGCCAUUUAUAUUUUGUAAUAAAAAAGUUUGAAGUAAAAA